UUCACUAGUUCGGCCUACAAUUACUAAAUAACGCCUAGGUGCACAUAUCGCGAGAUUAGCGUUUAACGUGAUCCCAAUUUUCGGCUCUUCGCCGAAACAUGUCACCUGAACUGUUCCCAUAAAUGCUGUUUAAAAUACGUUCGCGGCGAGGACAUGUCACUGAGCAAGCAGAACGCUGCUGCCAGAGUGGCCCAGCUGCCCCUGGUGCGCUCAGCAUUCACCAACCUGUUAGAUCUGUACGGGGACGCCAAAAGUGGCAAUCCUGGUUUCGGGUCGGUGUGUGAGGGUCUGGAGAGUAGCGUAAAGCAGUUGGCCUCGGUGGUUAGUCAUCGCGUGUCACCUGCCAUCACCAAACUCAACCCGCAAGUUUCCCUUGCCAAUGAUGUUGCCUGUAAAACUUUGGACUGGUUGGAGGCAACGUUCCCUGUACUGCAAACAUCAUCAGACCAGCUUGUGGCUGGCCUCAGAAGUAAGGUGAUGGAGAUGCAGGAUGCGGUAAGCAUUGCAGCACACGGAACCGUGGACUCUGUGCAGCAUGCAGUUAUGUGUAUCAUGGCGAGUGCACAGCAGCCGGGUGACCGAUCAUUGAUGGGAAGGGCCAUAAGUGUAUCCAGCAUGGGACUGGCUUCUGCACUGAACAUAACUGAAGCUCUUGUGGACCGAAUGCUACCACCUCUAGAAGAGGAAAAAAAGGAAGAGGAUGUCUUAGUGGAGGAUUCUGAGGAUGAUUCAUUCGGCAGAAAAUACUCUGUGCGACUGGUGACACUUUCCAUUACGCUGUGCAGGAGAACCAUCCAGCUGGCUGGAGCCAAAAUGCAGUCUGCGCAGAUCAUGGCUGCUCUCUCCACAUCUUCCGGUCAGCUUCGUAUCCUGCAGACGAGCUGGAUGGCCCUGACAUGGAGCUUGGAGCAGCUCCCUCCACUAGUACAACAGCAGAUUGGAUCUGCGAUUUUCAACUUUACGCAACUCUACAACUUGAGAGUUGCCCCACAAAGCUGCUCCAAACCAGAUAGAGGUGUAGGCAUUAGUACAAAGGUACCAGUGGCAACCCAAACUCCACACAAGGUUGCCAAAAAUAGUCCACAUACAAGUUCUAACUGGCGAGCAAGAAGACCAGCUAGCAUUUCCGUGAUUGUAAGCCGGUCAACCCAAUUGUCAGGAAAAGGAAUGGGCAGAGUUGAAGGGUUUCACUAAAUGGUUGUUCUAUGUAAUUGAUUGGGCUCAACGAUCCCAGAGCUGUAACAAUAGAUCUGCUUUUGAUCUUGUACGUUGCCACUAUUUGACAGUGCAGAUAUUGUCAUGUACUUACUUAUUCCUGAG